CAUACAAUAUGGCGGACGAACCACACUCGAACGGAGAAGCAACGUGCACCAGGAAUUCCACAUUACCUGAAGAGUUUGUCCCCGCAGAAUGCAAAUUCAAGAUGCAUACAUUCUCUGAAAUGAUUCUAGAUCAAAAGGUUCAUUUUCAAAUUCUCAAAAUGACGGACAGCUUAUAUUUCUGGAUUGGAAACUCUCUGGAAAUGGACUCACUAGCUGUAGCCAUGUGUACAAAAUUCGUAAGUAUUUUUGAAAAAAGCGAAAUUGCAUGUAAGCUUGAAUAUAUAUGAUGACCUCCAGGAUCCAGUCAAAAUAACAAAAAAACGCGCGAGCCUCAUAGUCUGUUUUCCCCCUCUCCCCAGGGGAUGGUCCAUUUUUAUCCUCACCCCCACCCUCCUAAGGAUGGCGGGUUUUUCAGAGAAGUCGACAAAAUAUUUGGAGCCUUAGGACAAAUUUUUCAACGGUGCCGACAAAAAAUGAAGCCUUCGGAUUCCAUUUUUCAACGGGUGUUGACAAAAUUUUAAGGGGUUUGGAUUUCCAGUCAUCUUUAAGGGUGGGUGUGGAUAAAAAAAGGAUUGACUGUCCUCAGAUCCUAAGUUUGGCUGCUCACGUGUUCUUGACCUGUGCAAAAAUAUGUUUCUACUCUUUUGUAAUCUAGAUAUGGCAUGAAUUUGGGAAUCACCUGUUCUUGGGUACAUGUCACUAAAUCUGCCAGAUAAAAAUAUCUUUCAGUAAGCUGUUAUGUUUUGUUGUAUAAAAAAAAAAGCUGUUAUGUGGGAUAGUCUGGGGCCCCAAAUUUCCCGAAACUAAAAAUAUGUGUAUCGCAUAUCCUGGCGGGCUCAGCUAAAGAGCGAGUAGUAGGAAGGGAAAACAAGUCGACUCGAACCCUGAGGUUGCUUGCUUGCCUGGAAAUACCCUCUACCACUAUACCAUGUGAGCAAAUAGUGGUAUAAUCUUCAACUUCCACAAUAUUAUAUGUUUGGCGGGAAUUUUUGUGGAAAAUACUGUUUAAAGCUGGUUGAGCCCUAUUAAAUAUGAAUUCAAAGAUAUUGUUUCAAGAAAAUAAGCAAGGAUUUGGUGGUUGGUAGAAAGCCAAACUUCAAUUCAAACUUUUCUUUGGACAGGACUCAGUCCCAUCUGUUGUCAACCUCAUGGGAAAUAAAGCUGAUCUCAGCUCAUCGACACUUGCACAGAGGCUUGGUGAGUAGCAGAGGUUGUCAUUACUUUUAAUUUAUUUGAUAGGUGGAAAGUAAGGAAAUUACCCUGUGUUGAGAUCUAGUGCAUACUCUGUCAGCUUCUGUUGUUCUUCAUGUUUUGUUUUCACUUACAUGUGAGUAUCUGGGACUCAAAUACAUGACCCAGCCGUUACUGAAAGCCCUGGAAAUUCAGGUACAAUCCAGGCAAGGGAAAUAUAGGAAGGGUGUUCAUCUUCUGUGUAUGAAUAUUAUAAUAAAAAAUUCGAGCAUCGUCACUUGUUUGCUUAAGUCUUUCCAUUUCCUCUGCAAUGAAUUUUGAAAGUACAUCAACAGGCAAUUCCCUCCUAGCAGAGGUCCCUCACAGCAAGAGAUGUGUUUUCUAUCACCCAUGUGCUGGCAUUCCUAAACAGGCAAUGGCAUAUUCAACAAUGUGUAACUGUUGUUGGUGAAAUUCCUUCUCAGGUUAAACCAGUAUUCAGCCUACAAAUGGCAACAAAAUUAGUUCAGGCUCUUUUCCCCUAAGGGACCUUCUGAUGUUUUGCUGACCUCAAAAGGAGAAAUGUUUCCCUUCCCAGCACCUCCAUGCAAUGUUGGGCUACUGUUUGAGCUACUUGUAGGAAAUAAAGAACAUCCCAGCUUUGGAGGGGUGGGGGCAGGAGUGUGGAUUGUUUUGUUCUCUGAAGUUACACUAUUUAAGGAGAGUGUCUUAACAGUUUUAUAACAUCAUAGGUUUUAUUCUUUGUUUCACAAAACAAAAAACUAAUCAGUUUCUAUUGUUUCUGUUUUCAACAAAUCAAAACAGAAGGUCCCGACUGUGUUUCUUGGCCUGUUUUUUCAAGAAAAAUAAAAGGGAACUAGCGAAAAAAAAACCUGGGAAAUGUUUUCAAUACUGAAUUAAAGCCUAAAAGCAAAAAUUCAGCUAAUUUAGAAAAAAAAAAUUAAACCGAAACUUAUCCCCUUUUGUCACCAGCGUCUUCGAUUGUAGUUUAAUUGAGUUUCAGAAUGCCCUUGUUUCCCAGCCCUAAAUAUUCUUAGGAGACAAACGAAAUUCUGGUGUAACCUGGCAACGGAUUUCACGUACAUCAUAACCGUUUGGUGACAGUUUAAUCACCUAGAUUUAGUUUAGGCAACAGUAUGGUAAAGCAGAUAAAAUAACUGUUACUCAAUACUAUCAAAAACGUUCCAACAUGACUCCUUCUUUUUUUUCUUUCUCAGCAAAAAAGACAAAAAAGCAAUGCUUUGUGAGCUAUAAUAUACCAACAGAAAACAUGCUUCUGGGCUUGGUAGAGCAGAGAAUUAACAAGGAGAUCAACGAUAAACCUCAGCAGUUCUAA